UCAUGGGGCCCCCGGCAAUAGGGGAUCAUGGGGCCCCUGUGUCCUUGCCCAAACUCAAAAAAACCUAUGAAAAAGGUACCAGGGGCAUCUCAUGGGGCCCCCCCUACUGACCUCGGGCAGUGCCCGAGUUUCCAAAUGGUCAGUCCGCCCCUGGGCAGACUCCGUCUUGAUCAGCAAACACAGACAUAGCCCACUCUGCUCUAUGGGCUGCCGGGUGUAAACGGACUCUGCUGUCCAUUUACACCCAACUAUCCUCCAAUCUGAUCUGCUUAAACAGAAGAGGACAGAUUCCCUUCCAUUUUCAAUAGUGAC